AAGAGGAUGGCGUCUGGACGCCGUGCGUGAUGAUAUCACCAAACUCAUCCCAUCCCGUUUCAUUUCUUUUUCCCCCCCACUAUCCAGUACCGAACCGAACCGGGAUUGAGUCUUACGUCAUUGUCAACGUCAUGGGGGGCAUGAGCGGGUGCUGGAGGAAUGUGGUGGCUAAGGGACAGAUGUUCUCAUGUGGCGUAGUGCCUGGAGGCUGUCGGUACGAACUGCGGAUGCUAGGAUGGUGUAUUUUGUGCGGAAAUCUGUAAGAGCGAAAGAAAAGAAGCAGAAGCGCCAAGAAGAACGAGCAGCUAUGGCAGCUGUAUGCGCCAAGGUGCAGGCAGCCAAUCAGCAGUGUGAUCCUCUUGGGGCAUUUCCAGUCUUCAAGAAAUAUGACAGGAAUGGACUCAGUCUAACUAUAGAGUGCUGUCGAGUGUCACACUUGGAUCAGAAGACUCUGGAUUGGGCCUUUGAACUCACCAAGACAAACAUGCAGCUGUUGUAUGAACAGAGCGAGUGGGGAUGGAAGGAGAGGGAGAAGAGAGAGGAGAUGACAGAUGAACGAGCCUGGUAUCUUAUUGCCCGUGAUGAGCUUGGUGCCCCUGUCGCCUUUGUGCACUUCAGAUUCGAUGUGGAAUGCGGUGAUGAGGUUCUCUACUGUUAUGAAGUUCAGUUAGAGGUUCGGGUCCGCAGGAAAGGAGUUGGGAAAUUCCUCGUACAGAUCCUACAGCUGAUGGCAAAUAGCACACAGAUGAAAAAAGUUGUCCUCACUGUCUUUAAACACAAUCACGGUGCUUACCAGUUCUUCAGAGAUGCUUUACAGUUUGAAAUAGAUGAAACCUCACCCAGUGUAUCAGGGUGCUGCAGUGAUGAUUGUACGUAUGAAAUUCUAAGUCGCAGGACGAAGUUUGGAGAUGCAUCACACUCGCACUCAGGACAUUGUGUGGGCUGCUGUCACUAAAUAGAUCUAGGGGUAGAUGGACAGGGGUGGUUUCUGGGGGCACAGAGAUUGUCUUGUUUAUGCCUUUUGUUUAGUUGUUUUUUUUUUGUUAUUUCUUAAAAAGCCUUGUUUGACUUGUGCAAAUGCGUGUAAUUAACACGCUCCAGCUAGUUCUUUUAAUGGUUAAUAAAUAACUCUUUAAAUCUA